ACAACCCUUUCCUCCCCAAGCUUCAUUCUUCUCCCAUCUCUGUCCCCCUCCUCCCUUAACAAGAUGGCCGCGCGUGCACUUCCGGUGUGUGCCCCUCUACGGGUGCGUCCGGGGGGCUGCUCCAGGUGUCAUUCAAAGAGUUCCGGUCUCUUUGCUGCAGACUCCGGCGGUGAUGGCGGGCAGACCGUUCGGUUGCAGCCGGGCACUUCUCUUGCAGCUCCUGCUUGGCGUGAACCUGAUUGUGAUGCCACCGACUGAGGGCCGGAGUCUGCGCUUCGUGACUUUGCUGUACAGACAUGGAGAUCGGUCCCCAGUGAAGACCUAUCCCAAGGACCCGUAUCAGGAAGAGGAAUGGCCCCAGGGCUUUGGGCAGCUCACCAAGGAGGGGAUGCUGCAGCACUGGGAGCUGGGCCAGGCCCUGCGGCAGCGCUACCAUGGCUUUUUGAACACAUCUUACCACCGGCAAGAGGUCUAUGUGCGAAGCACAGACUUUGACCGUACUCUGAUGAGUGCUGAGGCCAACCUGGCAGGGCUGUUUCCUCCCACGGGAACCCAGCGCUUCAACCCCAACAUCACGUGGCAGCCAAUCCCUGUGCACACCGUGCCUGUGGCAGAGGACAGGCUGCUGAAGUUCCCGUUGGGUCCCUGUCCCCGUUACGAGCAGCUGCAGAACGAGACAAGGCAGACACCUGAGUACCAGAGCGAGAGCCUCCAGAAUGCACAAUUUCUGGACAUGGUGGCCAAUGAAACGGGGCUGACAGAUGUGACACUGGAGACUGUCUGGAAUGUCUAUGACACGCUCUUCUGUGAGCAAACCCAUGGGCUCCCGCUGCCAUCCUGGGCCUCACCUCAAACCAUGCAGCGCCUGAGACGCCUGAAGGACUUCAGCUUUCGUUUCCUCUUCGGGAUCCACGAGCAGGUGCAAAAGGCCCGGCUGCAGGGCGGGGUCUUGCUGGCCCAGAUCCGGAAGAACCUGACACUGAUGGCCAACAGCUCGCAGUUCCCUAAGCUGCUGGUCUACUCAGCGCACGACACCACCCUGGUGGCUCUGCAAAUGGCCCUGGACGUCUACAAUGGCAAACAGGCACCCUACGCCUCCUGUCACAUAUUUGAACUGUAUCAGGAAGAGAACGGGAACUUCUCAGUGGAGAUGUACUUCCGCAAUGACAGUAGCAAGGCCCCCUGGCCACUGAUCUUGCCUGGCUGCCUUCAUCGCUGCCCCCUGCAGGACUUCCUUCACCUCACAGAGCCCAUGGUACCCAAGGAUUGGCAGCAGGAGUGCCAGCUGCCAAGCGGAUCUACAGACACAGAGGUGAUCGUGGCCUUGGCUGUGUGUGGUUCCAUCCUCUUCCUUCUCAUCGUGCUGCUCCUCACAGUCCUCUUCCGGAUGCAGGCCCAGCCACCUGGCUACCACCACGUCGCCGAUGGGGAGGACCACGCCUGACAACCACUCAGCCCCCUCCCCUCUGCCUGCUAGGGGAGGUGGGCUGGACCUUUGCUCUUGACUGUCACUGCUCCUCUGCCUGCGGACGGGAGACCCUGGGUCAGAACUUUCCAGGAUGACCCCAGCCCAGAUGAGCCACGUGGGGGCUGGCUUGUCCCAUGGCACCUGUCACUCAACGCUCAGAUGCCUGAUGUUUACCAAAUACUGUGUUGGACAUUGGGUUUCUCCAAGCCAGAUCUGCCUCCUCCAUAACUCCCCAAGGACCUGAGACACAACUACUGGGGUUUCCCUCAGUACCUGGGGUGACACACGGAAGGAGCUGGGGCUGGAGGCACCCUGCUCUCCCUCUCCUGCCCGGAGUUUUUGUGGUGGAUGGCUGAGAGGACAGUCUUGCCUCUCAGUGCUUAUCUUGGCAGAGAGAAAAGUGUUGGGGCUUGUAUAAGCAUUGGCCUCCGAGGAAGCAGGUGACCCACACGAGUUCUUUUUCCCACAGAAGCCCCUGUGUGAGGCAGUGCUCCUGGCACCCUGGUCCCCCUCCAGCGCAAGCUGAAGGGUGUCGGAACUGUACCUGGAAGGGUUGGGAAGGGAGUGCUGGGAGAGGAGCAGCCAGCAUCCUUAACUUCCUCCCUCAGCUGGGCUGGGGUCUCAGAGGACCCAAGGGAGGGC